UGCCGCCCACGCAGACAUACCAUGGGCGUCGUCUGCUGUGUGAGAACUUUAUUGAUGGACAAAUAGCUAUUGAGAGAGUGUUGGAAUAAGUUCGAAUACUAUUUACUGAUUCUUUAGAUAAACACGUGGCAAGAGCUUUUGUAUCAUUUGGGUGUUUUUGCUAAUACACAAAAUAACAAGCCAUGUAGAGAGGCGCUGGCACGUGGCGAGGAGCAGAGGUCUUCAUGAACACCUGCAUUGCUUUGAGGGAAGGGAUUUAAAUACGAAUUUUACUAGUACAAAUAUGGAUAUAGGAGAGUUUGCAGAAUAAUCUAAGUUAGCCAAGGCUUUACGCUUUGUGCGUUUGGUGGGACACACCAUGAAGAAUGAACGGCAGGAAGAGGAGCAUAGACUGGAGGUGCGAGUAGCGGAGGACCGGGACUUUGAGCGGCUGAAGCAACUGUGUGACUGUCAUGAUGGCUGGUCCUUGGCCUACAACCAUCCUCCAACCAAAGUGUGGACCAGGCCAACCAAAAAUUCAACUUUUCAAAUGAUCAAGGUUUGCACUGUGUACACUGAUAUUGAUGCAAAUGUGUUGUAUGAUGUCCUCCACGACCCACAUUAUCGCCAGAUGUGGGACAAACACAUGAUCAAGUCUGUUGAUGUAGGCUACCUGAACCCAAAUAAUGAUGUCUCAUACUAUGCAAUUGCUUGCCCAGCACCUCUCAAAAACAGAGACUUCGUCCUACAAAGGUCCUGGCUUGACACUGGUCGCGAAUUGUACGUCUUGAACCAUUCUGUGUUCCACCACCAGUACCCUCCAAGGAAGGGUUUUGUUCGGGGCCUCUCACACCUCACCGGCUACCUGAUUCGCCCAUUACCUUCUGGUGGGUGUUCCUUCAGCUACGUAUCUCACUGCGACCCCAGAGGAAAGCUACCACCCUGGCUUGUCAACAAAUUAACUCAUGUGCUUGCUCCCAAGAUGGUGAAGACAUUACAUAAGGCUUGUAUGCAGUACCUGACCUGGAAACCACGCAACAACCCAAACUACAAGCCAUGGAUUUAUCCAGAGCAGAUCAGCAUACCUCGGAUAGCAUUUAGUCAGUGCACCAAGAGUCCUGCUGACGACAUGGUGGAAAUGCUUGAUGAGUCAGACAUUGACGAGAAGGCGUUGGAGCAAUUGAACCACAGCCAUUUUUAACCUGCUAAUGUCCAUAGACUGGCAAGAAGACAAUGUGAUAUCUUUCUUUAUAAAGUGAAGAUUUGUAAGCAGCAAAUGAUGAUACUUAUGAAAUCACCAUAAGAUGGUUUUCAGGGUUUUUUUAGCAUCAACCCACUACUUCACAGAAAGCAGGCUUUGAGAUCAAGAAAUUUUAGCAUUUUAUGAUAAAGAGUCAGUCUCUCUCUCUCUCUCUCUCUCUCUCUCUCUCUCUCUCUCUCUCUCUCUCUCUCUCUCUCUCUCUCUCUCUCUCUCUCUCUCUCUCUCUCUCUCUCUCUCUCUCUCUCUCUCCCUCUCUCCCUCUCUCUCUCUCUCUCUCUCUCUCUCUCUCUCUCUCUCUCUCUCUCUCUCUCUCUCUCUCUCUCUCUCUCUCUCUCUCUCUCUCUCUCUCUCUCUCUCUCUCUCUCUCUCCCCCCCUCUCCCUCUCCCUCUCCUUCUCUCUCUCCCUCUCCCUCUCCUUCUCUCUCUCUCCCUCCCUCCCACUUUCUCUCCCUCCCAAACUCCCUCUUUCCCUCCCCCUCCUGCUCCCUCCCUCCCUCUCCCUCCCUCUCCCUCCCUUAAAUUAGAAUCUCUUUAUGUAGGAAGAAGGACAACUUAUUUAUUCUAAUUAUUUAUAUGGUAUAUAUUUUUAUUUACAUUGGUAGUCAUACUUUGUGUAGAUAGGUUAAUUCACAGUGAUGUUUUUGUGAUCUCUUAUUAAGGUGUUGGUAUAAUACUGUAUUUAACCAGUUACGAGUUUUUGAGUUUCUCUUCUUCUUUUCAUUCUUUUGGCUUUUUUCUCUUUCCUCUUUUUUUCAUUUCUCAUCUCUUCUAAUCUCAUCUCUAUUUCUUUUUCUCUUCCCCUCUUUUCCUCUCCUUUCUGUCUUUUUCUUUGUUUCUGUAGCUCAGUGAUAGACUUCACUUAGUUUGUAAAUCAGACCAAGCAAUUUCACUAAAUUUAUUAAUUUUAGGUAUGGACUAGUAUUCCUUUGUCUGUUUUUACCAAAUCUUAAAUAUUAAUAGAUUGUUGAUUUCUGGCCUGAUACGAUGAUAUAAGAUAUAUAUGUACUAUUUCAUUCCCAUAGUAAUGUUGUUAUGGGUAAUUCCAUUUAUUGAUCUCUUUCUAAUGAAUAUCAUAAUUUCUUUUUUAAUUCCAAAAUAUUUUUAACCCAAUCACUACAUAUUUAUGUACUGCCCCUUGUUUUUUGUGACUUUUGUUACAUACAGAUGGCUCCACGUGUGCUCAACCACCAAAGAGUCUAUCAGUAGGCCCUAGUGACUACUCCUGAUUUCCCAAUGCCUUGAAAUUGUGGAAAAAUGCAUUUUUCUUUCUAAUACUAUUAAUAUCAAUACUGUUAUUUUUACUGAUAUUAAGAUUAUUAAAUUGUUAUUAAAUUUUUGGUUACAUUAAAGACAAUGAAAUAAUACAAAAGAAACUUUCCAAAAAUCAAGGAAAAUGGUAAAGAGGUGAAAUAGGUUGGGCUAAUAACUAACUCCUUAGUGAUGAAGCACUUGUAGAGCCAUCUAUGUGUAAAUACAAUAAGUAAACUUAUAUUACAGUGGGCAUGGCAUGUGUUCUUGUCAUACGUGCCAAUUGGGUUAAUACUGGUGUCAUUUCAGCGAUAUGCUUAAUGAUUCCAUAGGCAAAGGUGCCUGAUUACUGAUAUAUUGUUAAAGAGUUUGAGCCUAUCUGAUGCGGAGAGCUAGUAGGACCCCUUCUAUUCUUACCACUUCAGGGGAGGUGAGGCUACAAGUCCUAAGACAUCUGCCCACCUCAUUUAUCAUUUCAUCCAAAGAGUUUCACACUGGGAUUUCUUCAAGACCUAGUAGUGCUUUACCAAAUAUUAGUUUUAAUUUGAAAACUUUAGUGAUAUAUUUAUUUGAGAGCUUUAUUUUCAGUUUGGACCAGAAGUCAUAUCAUCAACUUUAUUAUUUACAAAUUUACAGUAUUUAAUAUCUAAGCAUGUAAUUUCCUUUUUUUCUGGAAUUAUGCAUUUCUUGUGGUUGUCAUAACUUGAUUUUGGAAAUGGUUAUAGGGUUUAAAGAUAGGAUUGGUGUUUGUUAAAGUUGAAUAGAUAAAAAUUACUUCUGUCAGAGGAAUCUAAUAUUUCUGUCUGAAUUUUUCAUUGAUUGUCUAUGCAAAAUAUAGUUAUCUUUUUAUCUUUCUUCCAAGUUAUAAUAUGAAGGGCUAUAACAUAUAUGCUUUAUGAUAACACACACAUUUGCUCAGAGUAUACUGUUAGAAAUUUAGAGAAAGAAAGUCAUAGGUAUUGGCUGGAAAUGACAUGGCAUUACGAGUUAUGUAAUGUCAGUAUUAUAAAUGUUUGUGCACAUAGCAUGUUUUGCAAAGAAAUUUGUUGCAUGGCCAUGAAGUCAUGGAGUGUGUGGAAAAGGAUGUUAGGUUUCAAAAUUUUAGUCCAACAUGAUUGAAAGAUAGGAAAGGCAAUUCUACUCAUAAACAGGCAUUUAUUUUUUAUGAGUGAACAUACCAGUUUAAGGAUGUAUUUAUAGAUGAAGUAAGUGUAUUGUUUUUGUUUUUUUAUCAAAGAGUGAAAAAAAAUACAUCAUUGUCUAUCAUAAUAGAUCUGAAAAGAACCUGGGUCGUGCUGUGAAAAUUAUAAUAUGUAAUAUUCUGAAAAGAAAAUUGAAUAUGGUAUGCAAUUUAAUCUAACACAUAUCUGUAAGUUUUAUUGUUGAUUUAUAAAGUUAUGAUUUUUCAUUAAUAUUAUUAUUAUUAUUAUUAUUAUUAUUAUUAUACUUGUUGUCUCAAAGGGGGUUACAUUUUAUCCAUAAUUUACCAUUAUUUUCACUAGUUGUUUUUAAUGAUUAAUGACAAUAAGAUUUAAUUUUUUUUUUUAUUAUUAUUAAUAUUUCCACCAUUUCCUUCAUUUACUUUAUUUAGUUUAAAAUUAUCAUUAAUAUUUUUAUUGUUAUUUAUUCUUAGAAUAUUGUUAUUGUAUUCAUUAUCUGUAUGUAUUGUUGCUUGUAAAUAAAUGCAAAAUUGAUUUUGUUAAAAUUGUUUAUGCCAGUUACAAGUUCUUGCAUUAUACAAGUGGCAAGUUACUGUUUCAAUUACUAAUAUGAUAAAAGUGCAUGUUCUAUUUUGAAAGAAAAUCAUUAGAAGCACAGGUAUCACUCACUAAAUUGUGCACAUUGUAGUUGCAGUUUUAAGAAUAUAAGAUGUUAUUCAACUUAUUUUCAGUAUUCUAUGCUAUGUUUAAUAUAAGCAGAUUGAUAAUGGUAACCCUCAGUGAUGUAAUGUCAAUUUGCAACAUCUUUCAUUUUUAUGCUAUUAGCUAUAUGCUAAAUACUGGGGUAAGAGCGAGAUGUAAGGAUUUUUUUUAUCUCGGUACCAUACCUAGCCUCUGAAGUUGUCAGGCUUGCUUUUAUAGAAUAAUGUCUCGAAAUAUUGUGCCUUACUUUUCAGAUGAGAAGUAUCAUCAUCAAAUGAUCUGUAAUGAAUACUCUUAGAGGCAAGGAUGGAAUCUGGUCACUUUGAAAAUAGGUGGUGCUUCAAUGCUAUUGUGAUGGUGGAUCAUGUGUGAUAGUAAACUGUUGAAGCUAUAGAUGACAGAAUCAAGAGGACCUGGUUUGUCAUCAUGUAUUGUAUGUAUGUUGUGUUGGGUAUACCUUUACUGAAAUUGUCAUUAAAGUAACAGAUGUACACAUUAGAGAACAGUGAUCAAUGUCAUUAUAGUGUGGUACAAAUCUUGAGGUCUUGUGUUGUAAUUUACAGCUAAAAAAGACAACACCACCAUGUGUUUGUUGAUAAAAAGACCUUGUUCUCAGAGCACCUCUUGGUGUAGCCAAGAUUUACAUUCCGUAUCAUUUGAUUUAUUAAAUGUACCAUAAUGUAAAAGACUGUACAGUCAAAUAAUGUAUUUUGAAGAUCGCUACAUGUAUUGUACAGGAUAGUACAAUUAUGCAAAAGUGCUAACAGUAUCAAAUAAGUUAUUUUUAUGCCCAAAUUGUUUAGAGCACAUGAACAGAUACCAGUAAGAUAAAAAUUAUUUGAUUCAAACUAAGAAAACUAGUCAUGCUUAAAGUGCAGUAUCAAUUAUUUCUCUAUAGAAGGCAGAAACAAGUAAACUGAGAGUCAUAUACUUCUUGACUGUGUAUACAGUAAAGUUAAAGGUUCUUUUGCUAGGAGUGUAUAGGUGUAACUUUUGAAAAAAAAAAUGUGUUAUAGCAGUGUAAUAUUGUAUUUAGAAAGGUAAUAUGCUAUUAAUAUUACAUACUAUGUUGAAAGUUUGAACAUUAUUAUUCCAGGAUCAUUUGAAAGGGUGACAUCAAAGACUGAUGUCACCUAUGCAAGUUAUGCUCUGAGAGUAUUUUUUCAUCAAGAAUAUUCAGAAAUGAAGUAUUUAAGUGAAAUAUUAAUAAUAUGCAGUACAGAAAUAUGUUUCAAAUAUAAAAUAAAAAUUUUACAAGGCUUCAUUUAUAAAGAAAACAAAUAGAUAAUAAAUAGAAAGUUAGAUUAUAACUUGGUGUAGAUCAGGGCUUGUUAUUUAGAUUGUUGUUUUGACUCCUUUAAUUAAUCUUUUAGGAAGGUGAGAGUAACAGCUAGUAGUUCCAAGUUUAAUGUGUUUUAGAUAAUAGCUAUCUUUGUUAAAAAUUUCAUUGAAGAGCAGCCUUUUUCUUUUUUAACAUGAAACAUAGCCAAAGCUUUUACUUAUAGUUCUAAAUGUUAAUGAAGACAAAUGGUAUGUUAAACACUGCUAUAUGCAGAGUACAAUAUCUAUAACAAGGGCUCCUUAAAAAAAAAAUGUGUAUAUAUAUUCUGAGUAUGCAUUGGCUGUUCAUUUUUUCCCAUAGUAAAGCUCUUCUUGCUGGUCAUUCACUCAUCUUUAAAAAGAACACACAAAAUUGAAGGGCUUUCCUUGUCAGUACCUGUUUCCUGGCUGCCAUUUUCAACCAGAGCAGCAGUGCCAGGGCACAUUAUCAUUGCCUGUGCUGUACACAGAUGUUUUAAAAAUGUAAGGUUACUUUGAAGACCUUACCAUUAUAUUCAUAGAUAAGCAUAUUAAUCACUGAGUACAGCAGGCUGUGAGCUAGCCUUACAUUUUAAAUAUAACUUUAAUAACUUUCUUGAAUAACUAUCUACAUCAUAAUUCUUUAACUAAAUCUGCUUUCAACAACAUACUUUAUUCAUAUUACUUGAAUACUUAAUCUCCCAGUACUUAGCAUAAUUAUACAGGUGCUGCUUCAAUGCCCAUUCUGACUUUUGAAGUACUGCAAAGAACAGAUCAGAGAAAUUAUCUAUUAUCAUUAUCUUUCGUGACUUAGAGACCUCUAUUUUUCUUUCUUUCUUUCUUCCUUCCUUCCUUCCUUCCUUCCUUCCUUUUCAUUUUCUUUCUUUCUUUUUUUAACUGUAUCCAUUUAAUAUGUCUUAGAGAAAUGUGACCCUUUGAUAUAAAGAGAACGUGUUCUGUGGUUGAUGUUAUUAUGUUCUUGUAGGUUGUGUUGUAAAUGUAAGUAGCUUUUUGCAUUCCAUUUCUGUCUACUGACAUUAAUUAUACUACAUUUUUGUGACUUGAAUCUAUGUACGAAAAUUCUUACUUGAGGAAGCUUACAGUCUCUUGUACUGGGAAAUGUAAAGAGGUUCAUGUUUGGUGAGUUAUCUGGGUUUGAAGUCUUAGGUUUUUUGUUGGAGGAGGUUUUAUUUGUCAUUAUCACUUUUUUUCUCUGAUAAUGUGUUCAUGACCUGGCAGAAAUAAUGGGUUGAUAAAAAACAAUAAAUCUGUCUGAAGAAACUUGUGUUUUCCUUGAUGUUCUUCUUUUCUGUUUCUAUUUUGUUUCCUUGUUUCCCAGAUACCCGCAUGGUAUAAAAAGCUUUGAAAACUGUUUUUGUCCUCACACCUUUUGACAUAUUCUUGUGUACUCCUGUUCAUAUAACAAAAUAACAAAAUAAAUUUUAGGGAAAAUCUCA